AUGGCGGCAACAACACCUUCUCCGCGCCAGAACUCCCCGCUGGAGUCCCCAGAUCCUCUGGGGGUUGCGGCGAGGAAGUCGGACAGCUCUGACGACAGCUUUACUACUCCUUGCCUUGGGGAUGCAGGACGACAUCUGUAUGGGACUUUGUUCAGGCGCGAUUCCUCACAGACCACUCUGCCCUUCCCGGAGUUCAAGAUGGACAACGAGUCAUCUGAGCAGGCUGCCAGGCCGUUGUCGCCGCCUCCUUCGCCCCUGUCGCCAUUGAGCUCUCGCAGGAAGAAGAUUCCAGACCCACUGACCAGACGACUGAAGAACAAAUCAGGUCUCAAGUCACAUGUCAAUGACUCUGCACUCAGGCAAUAUACGGACUACGAUACUCUUGGGACACCUCGGUCGCCAUUCUUCUCUCCUGGCAUUUGGACGGGGAACACGUUCGGCGAACCAGACGCCAGGACUAAUCUGGAGCAAUUCGAGGACGCGUUCACUCCGCAGCUUCCAAUCCUUGACGUCUUCGCAAUGAAGACUGUCAAUGCCGUUUUGAAGGAUCAAGGGGCUAUCGCUCGUAUGAGACACUUUGCGCAGUCUCGCGGCCGUUACAAGGAUAUCGACUUCUUGAUGAAAGUGGAGGAGUACAGCAACACAAUGAGCAUGGUCUCAUCCAUCAUGGCCAAUAUCUCCAUAAAGCACACCGGAGUAGCAGCAUCUCAACCCAUCAGGCUCCCAAUGGCUGUCUCCAAAAGCCUCAAUACCGACAUCAAGAACGUCUCUUCUUCGCUUCUGCCGGGACUGGAAAGCCUGUUCGACGACGCGAAAUCACACAUUGAGAAAAGCCUGUCACAGGACAUAUACCCUGAUUUCCUCAAAAACCAGCUAUCUCUCGGCUUGCAAACCAUUGGGCCAGGUUACUCGCCCAGCCAGAUCUGUUCAGGAUUUGGUGACUCUUUCUGCAUUACGGACUCGUGGCAGGACGACUGUCCAAUCGUCUAUGUAUCGGACGGGCUAGCAGGUAUCACUGGAUACAAGCACGAGGAGCUUUGCGAUCGUAACUGCCGCUUUCUCCAGGGCCCAGGAACCAGGGCAAGCGGCGUCGACCGCAUCAGGGACGCCGUCAACAAGAACCAUGAGUGGUCCGAGCUGCUGCUGAACUAUCGCAAGGACGGACGCGUCUUCUGGAAUCUGCUGUUCACAGCACACCUGAUGGGGCUUGACGGGCAGGUCCGCUACCACCUUGGCGGUCAAGUGGACGUGACUGAAGGUUUCAGACGCCAUUCACGGGGCGACGCGCCCGUGUCCCCAAUCGAGACGGAGAGCACCCAUGACCUGUCGACGUCUGAACCGAACACGCCAAUGGAACAUCGUGGUUCGAUGAGCUACCCGUCUCCGCCACUUCCAACCCACCACGCAGUCCUCUCGCCUUACUCACGCUUCAUCGUCCUCGAGUACAUCCCAGCAGGUAGGACAACGGGCAGUGGUAGUGAUAAGAAAAGCCUGCGUGCCCAACUACCAGUAGCCUUUUGUUCAACAGCUGUAAUGGACAGCCUGAACAACGGUUCAACCCAGAAAUGCCUCGCAGACGUCAUCGGAAACAACGUCUUCAAGGUCCUCUCGGAGGCCGGAAACUCACCCUCGGUCAACAAGUCAUUCAAGUCCACCGUCCGGGCGAGCAUCGCCGAAGGGCGGUCGGUCAAGCUCGAUCUGACGCUCAAUGGGAACAACGGCCUGCGGAGGCCCCGGGGCCUUUCGCUGUCCAGGAAGUCCAGCGGGGUCGGCCUCGCAGCUCUGGGGCUGGGAGGGGGAGAUUCGGCACCUAGCACCCCCGGUCACGCAGGUCGGACUCUGCGCAAGAGCAUGAGCUUCGAGAGGCUAGCACCGCUUGGUCACGGUGGUGCGGAGGACUUUGUGAGUUACUGGACUCCGUUGAAGGAUGGCCAGAAAACCACUAAGUAUGUUGUUGUCGUGCUCAUCCCCGAAGUGUCUUGA